CUCACACAAGAUAAGCGAAAAAGUUGCCAGCCCAAGCGAAAAAAUCCGACAAAAAUAAUAAAAUUCCAAGUCAACAAAAACUCACAAUAUCACGUAUCUGUCAGAUACAAAAUACAGUCGUAUCGGAUUGGUAGCACCGGAAAAAGUGUUUAGUCUAACGAAUCACGUAGACCACAAAAGUCAUGGAGAAGAACCACAGUUGGAACUGGAGCAACAAAGGAAUACUGGUCAAAUGCGGAGGGUUCUCAUCGCAAUUGGCCAAGAAUGUAACCGAAAAAGUGGACGGAGAUCCAUUGUGGGGCUCCCGAUUUGAUGCCACGAAUCCGGAGGCUGUGAUUAAGACUCAUCUCGACUUUCUGCGUAAUGGAGCGGAUAUUAUUCUAACUAAUACGUAUCAGUCCAGUGUGGAGGGAUUCGUCAAGUAUCUGGGUGUGAGCAGGGAUCGUGGUGUUGAGCUAAUCCAAAAGAGUGUUCAUCUGGCCAAGGAGGCCAAGAAACAGUUUCUUAUAGAGACGAAUUCAGGACUGGAAUCCGCUUUUCCCCUGAUCUUGGCCUCUAUAGGUCCCUAUGGCGCAUGCCUCAACGAUGGAUCCGAGUAUUCCGGCAACUAUGCGGACAAGAUAAGCAAGGAUCAGCUGAAGGAGUGGCACCGGACCAGAUUAGAGAUAUGUCUGGCAGCUGGAGUCGAUGGAUUGGCCCUGGAAACACUUCCCUGCCAGUUGGAAGCGGAGGCAGUUACCGAAUUGGUACUCGAUAAUUAUCCGGAGUCCAAAUUUUGGGUCUCGUUUCAGUGCAAGGAUGAAAAGAGCCUGGCGAGUGGCGAAUCUUUUGCCCAGGCAGCUCUUACAGUAUGGCGGUUGGUCCAAGACCGAAAGGCUGAGGACCGGCUCCUGGGAAUCGGUCUCAACUGUGUGAACCCACUUUUUGUGACGCCUUUGCUAUCAUCUCUUACCAAAGCAGCCGGACCAAACCGAAUCCCACUGGUGGUCUACAGCAAUCGCGGCGAGAUUUACGAUGCGGAUCAGGGCGAGUGGACUGGAAACGGCGAGGAGGUGGUCAAAUUUGUGCCCGAGUGGCUCCGGCUGGGAGUCCGCAUCGUUGGCGGCUGUUGCCGGGUCUAUCCGACGGAUGUGUUGGCGAUCCGCAAGUACGUCGAUAGCCUCAGCAUAAAGCCCUAAUCGGUCGAGCACUCCGAGCACUGAUAGCUGCCUUGUCGUUAAUGCGAAAGCCGUUUCGUGUGACUAGACCUAGACCUAUUUAGUUUGCUAAAUACAUAUGUACAUUUUUGUACCCAGAUCAGAUGGGCUGCCUAAUCAGCAGAGAGUGGAAAAAAGCAUGGACGGCUGGGAGACAAAAACAGAUUAGACGGGCGGACCAAAGGUAAACAAGUGGGCUGGGGACAGGACGGUCACCCGGCGACUGUUUUUGCAAACCUAGCUCAAUUUAAGUCGGAAUCCAAAUCGCAAAAAUCUCUGAUUCAAUUAUUAUAAAACAACAUGCAUUUGUCCUUUAAAAUAAAGUUUAAUACAUUUUUACUCUUCA